GCGUCACCGUGCUUUCUGAUAUAAAGUCCUCACCUAGUACUCAGAUGCCUUCUUCCCCGACACUCAGGGUCGGGUGAUGGAACCCCAAACCCUGCUCCUGCUGCUCUCGGGGGCCCUGGCCCUGACAGAGACCUGGGCUGGACCCCACAGCUUCAGAUAUUUCCACACCUUCGUGACUGGACCGGGCCAAGGGAAGAACGGGUACAUCGCCCUGGGCUACGUGGACGACACGGAGAUCUUGCGGUUCGACAGCGACACCGCGUGUCCGAGGCUGGAGCCGCGGGUGCCAUGGCUGGAGCCGCCGCUCAUGGAGCAGGAGGAUCCAGAUGGGUGGGACGAGCAGACGACGCAGGUCCUGGAGGACAUCGAAGAGAGCUUCCGAGAGGACCUGAACUACCUGAGCGCCUGCUACAACGACAGCGAGGAUGGGCCCCACACCCAGCAGGAAAUGACAGGCUGCGUCGUGGGGUCGGACCGGCGCUUCCUCCACGGAUACACUCAGUCGGCCUACGACCGCACCAAAACCUUCGACCUGGCUGUGGAGCGAGGCUCUUCCACCGAGGCUGACUCGGAGGUCCGGAUCACUGUCGCUGUCGGGCGCGACACGGUGGAGGAACACGACGUGGAUGGCUGGAGGGAUUACCUGGAGUUCACCUGCGUGCGCUGGCUCCGCCUGUUCCUGAAGAAGGGCAGGGAGACCCUGCUCCGAGCAGACCCUCCAAAGACACACCUGACCCACCACCCCAUCUCUGACCAUGAGGUCACCCUGAGGUGCUGGGCCCUGGGCUUCUACCCUUCGAACAUCACCCUGACCUGGCAGCGUGAAGGGGAGGACCUGACCCAGGACAUGGAGCUGGUGGACACCAGGCCUGCAGGGGAUGGGACCUUCCAGAAGUGGGCAGCUGUGGCCGUGCCCCCUGGAGAGGAGCAGAGAUACACGUGCCAUGUGCAGCACCAGGGGCUACUCAAGCCCCUGACCCUGAGAUGGGACCCCCCUCCUCAGACCACCAUCACCAUCGUGGGCAUUGCUGCUGCCCUGGGUCUCCUUGGAGCUGUGAUCACUGGAGCUGUGCUGUGGAGGAGGAAGUGCUCAGGCAGAGGCAGGGAGAACUACACUCAGGCUGCCUGUAACAGAGCUGCUUUCUACGGGACUUGGUGCUGAAAUAGUCACUGCAGCCUCCCCUUGGGACUUUAAGGAUCCCUGACUGCUCUUUCUGCAACCAGCAUCGGAACAUGUCUGUGUUCUUAGCAGUGUCAGUGAGGGGCUGGUCACCAGGCCACCCUCCCCUGGGGCCUGUGUCCUCUCCCCUGGGGACUGUCCUGUCCUAGCAGAGUUGGGGUGAGGCCAUCCCCUUCCUGGUCAUUCCUUGAGUAAGUCAUCUUUGUUGCUCUUUUGUCCUUGCUGCUUCAGGAGAACCUUGUCCCACCAGGACCUGGGAUCCCAAGGGCUUAAUUGUCACAUGGCUCUUAUCGUGGCUCCAGGACUGUAGGGCUUCCUGUAGCCGGUGAGGGCUUCCUGUAGCCACGUCAGCCUAGAUCAUGGCUUGGUCUACCCAUUGGCCCCUUUUGGGCAUUUGUGUUUCUUUUUGUAGGUGUUAUACUUAUUGUUGCUUUUUGAAAAUAGAAUUAUUUGGCCCUGGGUGGUGUGACUCAGUGGACUGAGCACCAGCUGCAAACCAAAGGGUUGCCAGUUUGAUUCCCAGUCUAGGGUACAUG